GCGACGCCAAAAAGGCAUAGUAGUCAGCGCCCCACUAUCAGUGCCAGUCCAUUAAGAAAACGCAAAAAUCAUCGCUGAAAACAUAAACAAACAUGGUCUGCCUCUGCUGUUAGCAGCUACUACCUCGCUCCACAAAAAACACCCCCUUUCUCAAAUCUUAGGUUGUUCCAACGAUGGAAGAGUUCAGAUCCAAAUCGUACGGUGACGGAAGGAUGCAGAUUGAGGCCUACCGUGGAGCGAACAUUCAAGAUCUCCGCUGCUACAGCGCCUCCUACGCCUCUUCGGUGCACCCAACAACAACAACAACAACAACAACAACGCAGACCCAGCUGGGAGGAAACAACAACAACGAAGCCAAGUUCAAGAAGGGAAAGUCCACAAACGGGUCCACAUCGAAAAGUUGGAGCUUUAGUGACCCCGAAUUGCAGAGGAAAAAGAGGGUCGCUAGUUACAAGGUCUAUGCUGUUGAAGGAAAACUCAAAGGCUCUCUCAGGAAGAGUUUCAAGUGGCUCAAGGACAGGUGCAACAGAGUUGUCUAUGGCUAGUAAUCACAACAACAUCAACUAUGGGUGGGGAUUGGGGUGUCUUAUAUAUGAUGUAAGAAUACUAAUUUUAUAAUUUAUUUGUAUUUGUUUCUUUUUAUUUGCUGCACUUUUUAGUGUUUCUUUUCUGUGCCUGCUGAAGUACACAUAAUGGGUGUAAUGUGGAAGAGAAAUUGUGAUUCUUGUGUUCAUUCUGGUCCGUCAAAAGAGUGCAAUCACCUUGCUUGCUUGCUUUUCUCA